AAGAUGCAAGAGUUGAACACUCUAAGUACUUAAUUCAUGCACUGCUUCCAUCCUUGAAAAGAAUUCAUGAUGAACCAAAGAGUGAGAUGGCAGAAGAGGCAAGGAGCAAAGGAAUAUCCGACUCUGAGCUCCAGAUACCAAAGUCUGAUUGCGCUGCUGAUGUUCGCGUAUAUUGGCGGAUGUCAAUAUCCACUGGUUUUUACUGGAUACUCGAAGGGAUGGUUUGAUCUAAAGCAUUGGCCUCAGAUAUUGAAACUGAAAGACUGGCCACCAACUAAUUUAUUUGAGGAGCGCCUUCCUCGUCAUGGUGCUGAGUUCAUUAGUUGUCUGCCAUAUAAGGAAUAUACUCAUCCUCGCAAUGGUCCUCUGAACCUUUUUGCCAAAUCACCUUCCAAAUGUGUAAAACCAGACAUGGGACCAAAGACAUAUAUUGCUUAUGGUUUUUCACAGGAGCUUGGACGUGGAGAUUCUGUAACCAAACUUCAUUGUGAUAUGUCCGAUGCGGUGAAUAUUUUGACACAUACCACUGAAGUGAACCUUACUCCCGAGCAACUUACUGUCAUUGAAAAGUUGAAAAAGAAGAAUGCUCUUCAAGACCAAAGAGAAAUUUUUGGCAAUUGUAAUAUUGUUGAUGAUAAUAUUGAUAGUGACAAGGCUGGUGGUGAUUCUUUCUUCAGUGCUGCUGAUGAUAAACAACCUUUUGAUGAAGUUGAAAGUAAUAGCAUUGGUGUAGCUGUUUCAGAACUAGUUAAUCCAAUUGUUCCACAUGUUGGAGAUGCUUCAAUGGAAUCUGAGUCUGGAUCUGAAAAGAAUGAAGAGGCAGGAUUAGAAAGUGAUAUCAGUGGUGACAUUCCUGUAACAAAUUAUGGAAAUAAGUUGAAAGAGUCAGAUGUCACUGAGGGAGGUGCUUUAUGGGACAUAUUCCGUAGACAGGAUGUUCCUAAGCUGCAGGUGUAUCUCAUGAAGCAUUUCAAGGAAUUCAGGCACAUACACUGUUGCCCAGUGCAGCAGGUUGUCCAUCCCAUACACGAUCAGACAUUUUAUCUUACAGUGCAGCACAAAAAGAUGCUUAAAGAGGAAUAUGGAAUCGAACCGUGGACCUUCAUUCAAAAACUUGGAGAUGCUGUCUUUAUUCCUGCAGGAUGUCCGCAUCAAGUCAGAAACUUGAAGUCUUGCAUCAAAGUUGCAAUGGAUUUUGUCUCCCCUGAAAAUGUCGGCGAGUGCUUUCACUUGACAGAAGUAUUCCGCACACUUCCAGAAGAUCAUAGAGCUAAAGAGGACAAAUUGGAGGUAAAGAAAAUGAUUCUUCAUUCCGUCACUGAUGCUCUGAAGGAACUUGAUCAGAUUCUGAGGAGAUCUUGUUCGCUUAGUCUCUUACUUGGAGGACGCAUCUUACAAAGUUAA